AUGCAUGUCAAUGAGAGGACACCGCUACUCCCGGGCAACCCCGGCGCAGCAGAAGCGCCACCACCACCAUCAUCACCCGCAGAUGGCCGCAAUGGCGGCGCCAAGGAGCAGAAUCGCUCGAGAUCGUGCCUGGAUUCCGUGUUCCACGUCGAGAAUCGCAUUCUGCUCGCCGGAUUUCUGAUUUCUCUGUCGUUUAACUUUACCCAAGUCCCUCUGCUCUACGUCUUUCGGCUGAUGACGUGCAACGCCUACUACGAUCACCACCCUCCGUAUACCGGCGACGGCGACCGAUGCGCGCGCAACGAAAUUGCCGCCGGAACGGCAACGCAGUUUAGUAUUCUCGGUAUUACGACAACGCUUUGUGGAACUGUGAAUCUGUUUGUUGCCGGAUGGGCCGUCAAGAAAUGGGGUGCAAAAACGGCAAUCCUCUUCCAGACGUUUGUGCCGGCCGUCCGUGUCCUCGCGCAAAUCAUUGGUGUCAUGGCCGGCAAGACACUUGGCAUGAACAUCAUCCAGGCCACGCAGCUAAUUACUAUAUUCGGUGGCCCUUCGGGCUACAUCCUCGUCAUAAACAUCAUUGCUGGUGAGGUUGUCUCCCCGAUGCGUCGCACCGCCGUCUUUGGCAUGUUGCAGGGAUGCUUCAUGCUGGGACAGUCGUUGGCCAACUUUUCUGGCGGCUUGCUGGGAGAUACACUCGGAAUUCGAGCACCAUUCGACGUGGCCUGCGGCUUCUUUCUCCUAUCCUGCGUCUACUGUUUCGUGUCUCUGCCCUAUAUACCACCGCCUCCCAAGCCCAAGGCCAACGAGCGUUCUGCCGGCUUCCUCGAGCCAUUGCGUAUAUUGGCGCCUCAAAACCUGCGAUUGGCCAGCGGCAAAUUUACCAAACAUUACGGAGUUGUUUUCCUCUGUGCUGGUAUCUUUCUAGGAGUGCUGGCCACCGAUUACGCCCCUCUCCUGAUUCAAAUGUAUGCCACGGCUGCCUUUAACUUUAACCAAGCGAGCAAUGGCCUGCUCAUGUCCGAGUUUGCGCUCAUGCGAGGCAUCUUUCUCUUGGUCAUUUUUCCCCGCGCCAUCACGCUCGGCAGACGAUUAUUGGCCUCGAAGCGGGCCCGCAGCAUGCAGCAGCCUGCGAGGGAAGAGGGCUAUGGCACUGAUGGAACACUGACGCCCGACUCAUUACCGACAGACCCGCGAGAAUUCGACUCGAGCAUGGGCACGAUUCCAAGCGACGAGCCAGUGAAGCCUGCGCGAUCAAAAGAGGAAGAAGAACUGGACCCCCAAUUUGACUUGACCUUUUUACGCUGGAGUCUCAUUGUUGAUGGUGGCUUUACUAUGGUAGCAGCAUUUGCUACGAAACCAUGGCACAUUUAUUUGGGUAUGUCUGCGACGCAUUUGCCGUCUUCCUCUGCUAAUCAAUCCCUCACUGUAGCCGCAUUUUUGCUGCCUUUUGGAUCGGGAUCUGCGCCGGCCGCCAAGGGCGUCAUCACAUCCAUGUGCCCCGACUCGCAACGCGCGGAUGCUCUCAACGCCGUGACUCUAGUGGAAAAUAUUGCGCGUCUGUCCACACAAGGGCUGUUUGGAUUUGUAUUCGCCGCACUCGCCAAAAGAAGGGAGGCGUAUGCGACAUUCUUCUGCAAUGCUGCAAUUGCUGUCGUUGCCACGAGUGUGUUGCUGCUCUCUCACUUCCCACCUGAUGGUAGCGUCAUUGUCGAAGCCGAUUACGAAGGGGGCGGGCCAGUCGAAGAAGAGUAA